GACAUUAGUUGACAGUUGACAGCAUCUGUCACUCGAAUUGUGUACAAAACUGGAAAUUUUUAUUAUUUUUUAUCAGAAAAACGUUAAAAAGUAAGGGUAUUAUCAUAAAAAUAUGGCUUCUGCAAUGGACGUAGAUGAUGAAGAAGUCGAGAUGGCUUCCUCCAGCAGUGGAAAGGGUGAUAAGAAAAGAUUUGAAGUAAAAAAGUGGAAUGCCGUAGCUCUCUGGGCCUGGGAUAUUGUUGUCGACAACUGUGCUAUAUGCCGUAAUCACAUAAUGGAUCUCUGUAUUGAGUGCCAAGCUAACCAAGCCUCUGCCACCAGUGAAGAAUGCACAGUAGCCUGGGGUGUAUGCAAUCAUGCUUUCCACUUCCACUGCAUCUCUCGUUGGCUGAAAACUCGGCAAGUCUGUCCAUUAGACAAUAGAGAGUGGGAAUUCCAAAAGUAUGGACACUAAGCCACUUCUUCAGAUGAAAAGCCAGUUGUCGCCUCCCCAUUUAAAUAAUGGACUUACAAUGUCUCUUUGCAUUAAGUUCUAAAUAAACAAACUCAAAGUA